UUGUCUGUGGUGGUGGGAGGAGGAGGAGGGGGGGGGCGCGAAGCGGGGUGCAGGAGACCCGAGACCCCCUCAGUCGGGGUCUGGGGGGUGUUGUCAGAGUUGAGUUCCCGGCGACGCGAAAGCGCAGGUGGCGGGGGGGGGGGCGGGGGGCUCUCCUCUUCUCCGCGCCUCGCUCCGCCCGCCGCGCACGUGCGGCGCGGCGGGGACAAGUCGGCGGCGGCAGCAGCAGCGGCAGUGGCGGUGUCGCGGACAUCAUCAUCAUCAUCGUGACCAUCACCAUUGCUAACUCCAUCACUCUCAGCAUCACCUCCCCCGUCGCAAACAACAUCACUAUCGCGACAACUAUCAUCACCACCAUCAUCAUCGUUGACACGCGCAACAACAACAUCACCACCACACUCAUCGCCCCCAUCGCCCCCAUCAUCACCAUCAUUGACGCACGCACCACCAUCAUCAUCGCCAUCGCCCGCGGCGCCGGCGGCUUGGCGAUGUCCCGGCGCAAGCAGCGCAACCCGCGCCAGAUCAAGCGCAGUCGACCCGGAGCCCUGGCGGGCUGCGUGGGGGAGGAGGAUGACGACGGCUCUCUGGCAGAAGUCCCUGACCUGGGGGGCACGGAGGGGGACACGGGGGGCACGGAGGGGGACACGGACACCGAUGAUCGCGACCCCUGCUCCUCCGACCCCGAUGACGAUCGAGCCCCGCCCAGCAGCGCUGCCGACUCACCAGUUGCGGUCGAUGCCGGGAGGCGGUCACCUUCGGAAGACGAGCGCGACCAGGAGUCACCACGUCCACAGCGGUGGGCACUACCGGAGGAGCUGAGCGCCAGCGAGGUUCCGCUGGAGCGAUGCCGCGUUCGCAGUCGGCGCCAGCUGCUGCCGGGGGUCACGUGGGGGCCCUACCCCGGGGUCAUGCGGCACGGGGGGCACGGGGGGCACGGGGGCGACGGCACGGAGCGGGCGGCGCUGGCGCGCCUGCCGGUGCCGGGCGACUGCUGGCUCCGCGCGCUCGAGGUCACGGACGCGGAGGAGCGGAGCAACUGCGUCGUCUUUCGGAAAGGAGGGCAGCUGUGGUGCUCGUUGACGCGAGCCGUAGUCGGCGGAGAAGAGCUCGUGAGCUACCGGUUCGGCGGGGCCCGCGGGGGUCCGACCGGCAACGGCGCGCGGGACGGGGGGCCCACCGUGAGGCCGCUCGUGGAGGCUGCGGCGGUGGCGGCGGCACCGGCGUCGUACCCUGAGCUGCGCGCGCCACACACGGUGGUGCUGCUGCCCCAGCAGGCCUGCCUGGCGUCGCUGAUGCCCACCGCCAUCAUCAACAAAGACCUCUUCCCGUGCAAGUUCUGCGGGAUCUGGUACCGCAACGAGCGCAACCUGCAGGCGCACCUCACCUACUACUGCGCCGGGCGCAACAAGACGGGAGGAGGCAGAGCGGCCUCCGACGGGGGCAGUCCCCCCACGUCGCCCACGCACGGGGGAACCCACGCGGGCGCACCCACGCACACGCCCACGACCGUGCACGCGCCCGCUCACACGCCCGCUCACACGCCAACGCCCGUGCACGCGCCCGCUCACACGCCCGCUCACACGCCCGCUCACACGCCCGCUCACACGCCAACGCCCGUGCACGCGCCCGCUCACACGCCCGCUCACACGCCCGCUCACACGCCAACGCCCGUGCACGCGCCCGCUUACACGCCAACGCCCGUGCACACGCCCGUGCACACGCCUACGCACCCGCCCACGCACGUGCCCACACACGCACCCGCUCACACGCCCACGCACGCGCCCAGCAGCUCGCCCACGCACGCAUCUGUGCCCGCCGCCACACGCAAGGCGGAGCCCUCCCCCGCUCGCUCGCCAGCAGCUUUGCACGCGGGGACGCACGUGGGGACACACGUGGAGACGCACGUGGGGACGCACGUGGGCACGCACGCGCCUUCCCCCGCGUGCAGCCCCCUCUGCUCUCCCGGCCGCUCGCCGCCGGCCGCAACCCCACCCGCGACCCCGCCCGUGACUCCGCCCGUGACCCCGCCCGUGACCCCGCCCGUGACCCCGCCCGUGACCCCGCUCGCGACCCCGCCCGCGACCCCGCCUACCGCCACGUCCCCGGCCGCCCCCGCCGCCCGGGUCACCCCGGCCACUGGGAGCUGCCCCCCGGGGACGCCGCCCUCCGUGGGCCCCGGCCAACACAUGGACUCCGACCCCGGCGCAGGGGCGGCGGAAGCGGAAUGGAAGAUCGAGGGUCCCUCCCCUCGUCCCGCGUCGCCGAGCGCCGGCUUCCGGCCUCAACCGCGCCCUCCGGCCACGCCGCCGGCCACGGCCGAUCCGGGCCGGCCUGACCCCCAUGCGGGGGCCGGCGACCUCGGCGACCCCGGCGACCCCGGCCGCGCGGCGCCAGACCGCGGGACGAUGCGCGGCGGCGGCGGCGACGACGCUCGGCGGGGAACGCCGGACGUGCACCGGCGGGCGGCGGGCGCCAGCGGAGGGGGACGAGGCGAAGGCAACAGAGACGGCGCCGGCCACGAGGGCGGCGCCGGAUUCGCGGGAGACGAAGCGGGUCGCGGGUUUAAGCGAAGGCGCGGCGACGAGGAAGAGGAGGAGGAGGGCGCGGAGGAAAGUCGGCUCGCGGACGACGGGAACCGGCGCGUCUGGGACGGUCAAACGGGCGGCGGCGGAGCCGAUACAGCGACCGGCGCCAUCCGCGUGGUGAAGAGGGAGGCGGGGGCGACGCCUAAAGGCAGCGACGCGGAGGACGAUUGUGCGCGAGCGCCGUCCCGCUCGUCCCCGUCAGCUGUCCCCACCGUGAAGCUGGAGCCGCUGAGUCCGCAGCCGGUGGCGUCGCCGGUGCAGCAGCAGGCCAAGGGGCCGAGCGGCGGCGUCGCCCUGGCCUCCGUCUUCCCGCCUCACUACUUCUUCAUGCCGCACCUACAGACCACGGACGCGCAGGCCUCUGAGAUGCUGGCGCGCAUUUCAGAGUUGGCGCACCACCGCCUGCAGCGGCAGGCGUCCGUCGCUUUCCCGGCGCAGACCCAUCCGGGCGCCAUCGCCGCCACCGCCGGCGGCCCCUUCUUCGCGGCCCGCGGGGCCGGCGGGGGCGUGACGUGCGUCGAGUGCAACAUCAGCUUCAGCAGCCUCGACAACUUCAUGGUGCACAAGCAGCUCUACUGCGCCUACAGGCAGCAGCGCCAGCAGCAGCAGCCCGUGGGGAACGGCACGGCGAGGGACAGGCCGGGCCGGCAAGCCGGCAAGCCGGCGCACUGCUCCCCCGCCGACAAGAGCGGCUCCCCCAGCCCGACGGUGCCCGCCCGGCAGUCGGCGCCGGCGGUCGCGGACGGAGGCGGCGUCGCCCCCGCCCCGGCGAAGGCGAUCAAGGCGGAGCGGGCGGAGGAGCCGGCGCGGGCAUCGGGGGACGAGGGGAGGGGCCCCGAGGGAUCGCCCCCCUCCGGGGCGGACACGGCCCCCGAUGACCCCGCGCGGACGACGUGCGACGCCUGCAACAUCACGUUCAGCCGGCGCGAGAACUACGCCGUGCACAAGCGCUACUACUGCGCCACGCGGCACGACCCCCCGCCCAAGCGGCAAGCCCACGGCGGCCGGGCCGCCUCCGCUGCGGCCGCAACCGCGGCCGCCGUGGCGCCAGCGGCGGCGACGGUCGUGGCCAUCUCGCAGAACCAGCAGCAGCAGCGAACGCGCAAGAGGCGGCGGGUGUGCGGCGUCGCGCACCCCGAGGCGGCGCCGGGCGGCAGGAGGCUCGCGGACGCGGCCAGCCCGCCCGGCGAGGACGCGGCUAAGCGGCGCCGAGAGGAGCGGACUCCGUCCUCCUGCUCGUCCUCCACGUCGCCGGCAGCCUCCACCGCCUCCUCGUCCUGCAGCCCCCCGCGGUCCACCGCCUCCGCCGCCGCCGCCGCCCCGGGGGUCGGCGCCCACGGGGCGGCGGGGAGCACCGGCGUCGCCCGCCGAUCCCCGUACCCAUCGCCGCCUCCGCCGCAGGACGCCGACGCCCCCAUGGACCUGAGCAGAAAGACGGCGGCGCCGGCGGAGCAGCCCGUGGCUCCGCAACGCUCGCCGGAGACGCCCGCCCGGCUCAGCGACUACCACAAGUGCGCGUCGUGCCAGAUCACGUUCAGCCGCCUCGAGAACUACCUGGCGCACAAGCGCUACUACUGUUCCGCCACCACCACCCGGCAGCCGGCGGCCGCCGCCCCGCCCGGCGCGCCGCCGCCGCUGGCGGCCGCGCUGCUGACCGGCAACGGCGCGUCCCCGUUGGGCCCCGGCGUGCCCGUCCUACCUUUCGCUCUGAACUCGGUCGUCGCCGCGCCGGCCGGCAGAACCGCGCCGCGGGGAACGCCGACGGCGGCGCCGGGAGGAGGAGGAGGAGCUCACGGUUGCCUGCUGUGCCCGGAGGUCCCGACGGACCUGGCUCGCUUCCCGGGCCUCGCGCCGCUCGCCGAGACGAAGCCGGCGCUGUGCCCGUACUGCGCCUACGCUUGCGGCUCGGGCGACGGCAUGGAGGAGCACCGGCGCCGGCACCACGGGGCCGCCACGCCGGGGCCGCCGCCCGAGGCCCGCGGCUCGCGGUCGCCCACGCCGCCGGGACGCGGCGCGGACGGGGCCGCGGGAGACGACGCGGACGGUGCCGCGGAGGGGCCCGCGAUCGCCUCCGCCUCGCCCGGACCGCCCGCGCCCAGCCCACGCCCAGCCCCGGCCGGGCGGGGCGGCUCGCCGGCGCCGGCGCUCGGCCCCCCGCACGCGCCGGGCAAGGCGGCGGCUGAGCCGCCGGCGCUGGCGAACGGCGGCGGUGGCGGCAAGUACUGCCGCCUGUGCGACAUCCAGUUCAGUAGCCUGUCCAACUUCAUCGCUCACAAGAAGUUCUACUGCGCCUCUCACGCCGCCGAGCACCACGCCGUCAAGUGAGGGCCCGCGCCGGCGGCGCCGACCGCGCCAAGCCGUUCCGCCGGGGCCCCGGGGCGCCCGAUCGACGGUGGCGGGGAGGAGGCGGCGCGGGGGUCGACGGGCGGCGGAGGGGGAAGCCCUCUCGCCGCGGGGAGCGAUUAUUUAUUUGUCUCCGCGCGCUCCCCGGACGCGCCGCCUCCCGACGGACGCGCACGCCGAUGGCAAGAUUCUGCCGAGUCGUUGUGAGCAGGCGGGGGGGGGGCGGCAAGAGGAGGGGGAAAGAGCGGGAGGCUCCCACGGCGAUCGAUACGUGCGGCGGCGGCGGCGGUGACAGCGCCGUCGCAGCUGACGCGGCCGCCAGAUAAGAGGUCACCACGCGGCGUCCAUCGCUAGGGGGGGUGGGGGCCACGUCCACCGCCGAGGUCGAUACGUCCACCCGUGGCGAGCGUUGGCGUCCAUCGGCGUGUGGAGCUGUGGCCGCCGGAGCCGAGUGGAGGAGGCCGGCGCCGGUCUCUGACCGCACCCCGUGCUGCCCCCCUUGGCUCGCACGGGAUGAGUUCAUCACCCUCUCGCUGAGCAGACUAACAUUGGACUAGCCACCUUGGCCUAGGGCUCAAGGUGAGGGUUUAGAGCUCGGGGCUUAGGGCUGUGAUUUGCCCAGGGCUGGAGUUGGAGGUUAGAGUUGGAGCGUGGGAUGUUGGCAGGGGUAAGUUGUGGUCAUGGCUAGGUUAGGGUUAUGAUUAGCGGUAGGGUUAGUGGCUAGGGUUAAUGGUUAGGGUUAUGAUUAGCGGUAGGGGUAGCAGUUAGGGUUAACGGUUAGGGUUAUUCUUAGCGGUAGGGGUAGCAGUUAGAGUUAAUGGUUAGGGUUAUGAUUAGCGGUAGGGUUAGCGGUUAGGGUUAGUGUCUCGGGUUAGGAUUAGCGGUAGGAUUGUCGGGUAGGGUUAGCGGUGAGGGUGUGCUCACACAGGCCUUGCUGGGUAUCCGCGUGAGAGGCUGGAGACCUUCGCUCGGCCUAACCCAGCACUCUGAGGCGGCGUGCCGGCGUGAGGGGACGAGAGCGCGAUGGGCACGGGAGAGACGCCUCCGGAGUGGGGUACAAGAGGUAUUCUCGAGUCCGUCGGACCGAUUCAUUUUUCACGACUUUGUGGGUUUUUUGUUGUUCCACUUGCAUGAAGAGCGCUUAUUUGAGCCACAAAUAAUCACUGGAAACCAGCGACACCCCCCCCCCCAUCGAUUACACAGCCCCCCCCCCCUCUUGAAUUGACAAGCCCCCCCUCACCCGCUCGCGCCCCGCUCGGAGGCUCUCGGGAAGAGACGGGAUGGAGCCGUUUCACGGCGGAUGCGAAUGACCAAUGCACUGACGAUGCGGUACCAGCCGUGCCGGGGGGACCGGGGUAGUCCGGCUCCCAGUGGACUGGCUCCGCGCCGGGGUUUCUUCAUCGCCGCAGCACCGGCAGCAGCAGCGUACCCCCCCCCCCUCCCCCCAACUACAGACUGCUACCCCGUACAGCUCUGCCGGUGCAGUGAACAACACGCGACCCGGACUUUGGCUCCAGAUGGACCAGGAUCCACAAGCAAAAGCCUGCCACCUCACGGCCUCUUCCUGGAGCUGGCCAUGGUGAGCCGAGGGCACGAGGCAGAGUUCAGCGGGAGCUCUGCUCAUCUCGACUUGCUCACACGGAAUACGGAGAGAGAGGUUCGAAGAAGAAGAAGCUGUGACGAUGGCGAUGGCGACGACGACGGUGGUGGUGGUGGUGUCAGGCCUGGGUCUUUGUGUCCACGCCCGGGUGGGUGGGUGUCUGAACCCUGGGUCUGGUGUUGAACCCGGAGUUAUUUUGCUGGUGGAGCCCCAUUCGAAGUCCUCGUGUGUCCCCCCCUCUCGCUGUCGUUCCCCGCGGGUUCUCCACAGCCGGCGGGCAGCCUGUGUCGGGUUGUUGAAUGCGUCUGGGAGCGAGUGCGGAAUUCAAUGUCUGUGGAAGCUUAACGGAUAGUGGUUGAUUGUGUGUAUAUGCGCGUGUGUGUAUGUGUGUAUGGUGGGGAGUAGUAGUGUAGCGGUUAGCGCGCUGCGCUAUGAACCUGGCAACCCGGGUUCGAUUCCCGCUCACGGCCAACACCAGUGCAGUGACGAUUAUCUGAACCGGUCCUGGGCCUCCCCUAGGUCGACUCAGUCUCAAAUGAGUACCUGGAGCAGUGUGUAAACAUCGCCACUGGGGAGACAAAGGCGGUCGGGCGUGGUGCUGGCCACCCACCCCCUUUGUACCGUUUUGGCCUUCAUAGGUGCUCGCUAACAGCACUUGUCCCUACAGUCUGACAGGCUACACGGGAGAUCUUUGUUUUGUGUAUGCGCGUGCAUGUUGUGUAUUUGUGUGUAUGCGCGUGCGCGUUGUGUAUAUAUGCGCACGUGUGUGUAUAUAUGUGUGUGCGUGUUGUGUGUGUAUUUUGUGUGUGUAAGUGUGUUUAUGUUAUUGUACGGUAUUUUGUGCCAUAAAACACUCCACCCCCUCAACUCCUCAUUGAUGUUGGGGAAAUUGCGGAGAGAGUGGAGAAUUUUCCAUACUUGGGCAGUGUGCUUAUGACUAGCUCUGGUUUUACAGCAGAGGUCUCACUCCGAAUCAGUCAAGCGGCAUCUUUUCAUCAGCUGCGCAUUGCUUUGUGGAAGCUACCUGGUCUGUCGCUCCGCACGAAGCUCCGGGUCUUUUCGGCCACGGUCAUUCCCUCCCUUUUCUGUGCUUGCGAAACUUUGACUACCCCCCCCCCCCUCCAAUGGAACAUCGCCAGUAAGCAACAUUCAUGCCGACCUGUCUACCGUCCAUCCUUUGGUUUAACCAGACUGGAUUGUGUGAGGAGCUCGCAGAUCAAUGAAAGAUCUGGACAAAGUCCCAUCGGUGAGCUCCUCCGGCAGGCAAGGCUGCGUUGGCUGGGUCAUGUAGCCCGCAUGCCCAGCCACCGCAUGCCUCAACAGCUUUUGUUCGACCAGAUCGAGGGGGCUAAAUGGGCGCGGCACGGGCUAGAGGAGAGAUGGAGUGAUGUGGUACAGGAGGACGUGGAGCUGAGUGGACUAGCCAAUGACUGGUACCAGCGGUGUCAAGAUCGGCCUCUGUGGAGGAGGCUCGUGAAGGACGCUACUGGCAAGUUGGAGGCAGGAGCAGUGCUCACAACAACGAGCGGAGCGCCGGGCAGCUAAAACACAGCAUGGUUAGCACAGUAGGGGGCACAGGUGGUGCAUCGGCCAGCCAUCUCAGUCGACCCGUGUCACCUGGGUCUGUCCCGUGACCUGCCAGCGGGCGUUCGACAAUUCACGUGGCCUUAAAGUGCACGGAGGCCGGCACAAGCGCCGUGGUGACGUCACUUCUACUUAGUGAUGAAUGGCGGUUGUGUGUAUGAGUGUGUAUGUUGAGUGUGUGUGUAUGUGAGUGUGUAUGUGUGUGUAUGUGAGCGUGUAUGUGAGCGUGUAUGUGUGUGUGUAUUUGAGCGUGUAUGUGUGUGAGUGUAUGUAUGUGAGUGAUGUUGCUGUCUGCCCCCCAGCCUGUGUUUUUUUGUCUUCACGCAGAGUCAGGCGCCCCCUUGUGCCGGCAGCCAGAGACCCCUCCCCCUCCCUCCCCCUACCGGGCCCCUAAACCACGGAGUCUGGGGGGGGGGUCAUCACUUGACCUUCACCCCCCCUGCCCCUCCCUACAGCACUUGCGCGGCACAAGCCGCCUCCUCCCCCCCGUCCUCCCUGCACCCCCCGCACGGACGCACGUGUGGUGGUGGUGGACCACAGCGCGCCUCUCCUCUUUGUAUACAAAAACCCUUUACACGUAAAUAAACACCUCUGUGCCAGGCA